AUGGCAUCCCCCGCAGCUACACCUACACCUACACCAACACCAUGUCCUGUGCUCGAACUCAGCCAUGAGCUUCUGCAUAGUAUCUUCCUCCAGGUUGAUCAUCCGUCCGAACUCGCAAAAUUGAGCUUGACAUGUCGAGACUUCAAUCACUACAUCAGGAGUAAUCGGCUACUGCACAAGGAGAUAUACGUUCGACGAUAUGACGAGCCCAAGCUCGACAGACCAGGUGAUGAGGAAGCAGACUGGGAGCAGGACUUGCAUGACUUAGUAAAGCUGGAGCGGCUGCUGGAGUGCGAGGGGCGGGAGCAGAAGCUGAAGAAGCUGGACUAUGCUCAGCGGCAUAUCAUGCGCCUAAUUGAGACCGCCAACCCAGACCAGUCGUCGAACAUCGAGCUACUUCGCAACCACUUCGUCCGGUCUGAGAACGCCGAUGCCUUCCUCUGCUCCAGCUCCCUCUUCGCCCGAGCCGGCAACGAGCUCCAACGUGCAGCACCUACAGAAGAGCUCCGACAGGCUUCGGCAAAGCUCCAUUGCAUGUUUGGCGUGCCCAUAGAUCAGGUUCCAAGUCGAUCCUCUUCCUCUCAAGCCCAAUCCGAUGUCUCACUCUCGCCAUCAAGAUGCACACGCCUCCAGAUGCGACCAUACCCCACCCACACCUACGCGCGAAGUAAAGUCUACGAUCUACGAGAAUACACCGAUGCUUCGUUAUGGGGUCCCUUUCUGAACGAUGGCUCGCAGCGCGUAGACUGGGAGAAAGUAGAAGCCGUAAUGAUAGUCCUAGGCUUCAACCUCAACCGCUUCACCGAACGAUCAGACGGCCGCUGGCAAAGAGUCUGGGACACUCCCUUCGAAGGCGCAGCAUCGAACUCGUACCGCAGUAUAUCCUCUCCCACGGCAGCAGUCUCCAAAGACCUCGAGGUAGCCGAACAAGACGCAUCCAUGCUUAAGAUCCGUGAACUCGCCGCCUCCCUCGAUGCCCAAGAUCCCUAUGGUGUGAGUGGCACCUGGAUGCGCGUAGUCUGUUUCCUAGACUACAACGACCUCUACGCCUAUAACUUCACCACUCGCACAGCAUCAGGCGAGCCCCGGCCACCAGUGGACACGGAAGAAGCGAUUCGUCUAAUAAAGAUCAAGUUGCAAGUUACGAAGAUCCUGCCACCGGGCAGUGGAGACGAGGAUGAUGAGGGUUAUAAUGAGGAGACUGGUGGGGACGGUUUGAAUUGGAGUGCGUUCAGGGGCGAGAGAUUGCCGAUUGUGCAUUUCAGGGGGAGCUCGAGGAGUUUGCAUGCUAGCUGGGAUCCGAAUGCUAACAGCAAGAUACGAGGUACUGUACGGCAAACGCCCGAAGGAGAGAUAAGAUGGACAACCUUCUCGAUAUUCCAUGGCGAGGAACGGUGGCGGUCGGAAGGUAUACAGGUGGGAGGUAUACGCAGUGCACGUGGGGUGUUGGGCAACUGGUUUGACAAAGACUACGAUAUCCAUGGCCCAGCUGGCCCGACCGCUUUCUGGAAACUCACAGAUGAUCUUGACGAGGAGAGGAAUAGCAGUAUGCCCCUGGCGUAUUACUGA